UGUUAAAGGAGUAAUCCGGAGUAUAUUUUCUCCAGAUGUGGAGAAGUUCCUCAGCGUGAGUGAGUCCAGCCAGAAGCUGCAGAAACGUGGACUGACGGCUCGUCCACUGGAGGCAGCAGAGAGCGUCCGAGUGGAGAGUCUUCCUCCGAACGUGGUCAAAGACAUGCUGGAGCUGUAUUUUGAGGACUGGGCUCUGCCGGAAAACAUCGUCAUGAUCCCGAAUGAACAGGCUGCCGUUGCAUCUUUCAAAAACCCCAAAGUCGUGAAAAGCAUUUGCACAAAACAAGACUAUGUGAUGCGGUCCAUCCCUGUCAAGGUGUAUCCGUUCUACGAGUCCCUGGGCACGGCGCUGUACGGCAAAGAACGCCCAAUAUGGAAGAUGCCCGAUCCCUUCAGCGAGAGCGUUCACCACGUCGUCUGGAAAUUCCUCCUGAUGAAGAAACUGUUGAAGAGCAUCAACGAUCAGAUGCGUCCGUACUUCUGCAGCGUCGACUUGGAAAACCCCGAGGUGAAACUCAGCCCUCUCCCGGGGUUUCUGAGACAGAAAGGUCUGACCGCCCAACACGUAGACAAGUGGAUGAGCACCACCAGAGAGGCCUUCCGUCGCCAAAUGUCCGAGUACAGCGCCUUCGAAUGUACGGCGAACUCACCUGCGUGGAAAGCCGCAGAGAAAGACGUCCGUUCAGCCGUCAGGGAAGACGCCGUCCUGGUGCUGGACGCAUCCAAGGGAAUUUUGACCGUCGCUGGCCGAGCUGACGAUCUAAAACGAAUCAGAGCUCCUGUGGAGAACCUCGUUCUUAAAGCCAUGGAUCAGAUAAAACGUCAGGCAGAAGGUUUCUCUGAUGUGAUGGUUAUGUCUCCUGCGAUGUUCUACAUCCUGAACCACGAGGGCUUCCAGAAAGCUGCCCGGGACAUUUCCCCCGACAUGAAACUCUCCUUCGAUGAAGGCAACCAGAAGUUGACCAUUACAGGGCUCCCCGCAGAGGUUUACCAGACUAAAGCGUGGAUCUUGGAGAGGAACGUGGGUAUGAGUAAAAAGCACUUGAAUAUCCCCCCAGCUCUUCUGGACUUCCUAAAGACGGUGGAUCCCAUGGACAUGUCGCAGCACCUGUUCACAUCCAAAGGCAUCGGUGCCAUCUACACCAUUGAGAGCAAAGGGUUACAUCUGUCGGGGAGUUCUGAGAGCGUCCUCGCUGCCGCAGAGAGUAAGAUGAAGACCGAUCUGGCCCACCAGAUUCUGGAUGUGGAAGACCAGGAAGUUCUGAAACUUCACCUUUGGGUGAAGCUGAACCAACAGCUGUUGGAAAGCUGCAACUCUUCAACGAAGAAAACCGUGGCCAUUCAGAUGCACCCAGAGAGGAGAGACAAAAUAACGGUGGCCGGCUUCCUGAAUCAGGUGAAAGAGGUCAGCAGCAGUCUGAGGGAAUUCAUUACGAACUACUCACGAGUUCGAGAAACCAUUCGUGUCAAGUCCUGCGCCGUUGUUCAGUUCAUUGACAAAAAGAAAUCACAGGAUUGGUCCGGUAUUGCCAAAGAUAAUGACGUAGAAGUCCUGUUUGAUCCAGAGAGGCCAAAGAUCACCCUUGCUGGGGCUCGUAUUCACGUCCAGAAUGCCAAAAGCUGCUUCCAGGAGUUGAGCGGCGCCCUCUCCACUGACAACCUCAUAGUGGAUAAGCCUGGAGCGAAGAAGUACUUCCAGUCUCAAGGAAGCCUGUUCCUGUCUACGAUAAUGACAGAAUUCAGCUGUGUGGUGUUGCUUUGUCCGGAGAAUCAAGAGGAGGACGACGAGAACUCUGAGGAAGUAAAAGAUGGCCUUUGUUAUUGCAAAAUGAAGACCGCAAGUGGAGUUCUGGUCUCGGUCAGCAAGGCCAACAUCUGCAGCUUUGGCGUGGACGCGGUGGUCAACGCGGCUAACGAGGAUCUGCAGCACAUCGGUGGCCUGGCUUUAGCGCUGCUCAAUGCCGCGGGACCGGAGCUGCAGAAAAUCAGUGACGACCACGUUGCCAGAAGUGGAAAGCUACGAGCGGGCGAAGCCAUCGUAACGGGCGCCUGUAAGCUGCCUUGCAAGUACGUCGUACACGCGGUUGGUCCGCGGUUCUCCGACUUUGACAGGAAGACGUCGGUGUUGCGUCUGAAGCUGGCAGUUAAAAACAGUCUGAUGCAAGCAGAGGGCGUGAACUGCUCCACCGUCGCGUUGCCAGCGAUCAGUUCGGGGGUGUUCGGUUUCCCCGUCGACCUCUGUGCCGACACCAUCGCUCAGGCGGUGAGCGAAUACUGCGACGCUCCGGGAGCUCCGAGAUCGUUGACGGAGAUUCACCUGGUGGACAACAACGACAACACGGUGAGAGUUCUGGCCACGGCCGUCAGCAGAGUGUUCGUUGACCUCGGACCUACGAUGACGGUGCCACCGCCGGCAGCAGGAAGAGGCGCUGGGGCUUCUGGUGGAUAUCAGCCGGUUCGAGGUCAGAGCCAGUCGCCCAGGGUCCAUCCGUUCGGUGAAAGAGGACGAGGACGAGGAGGAGGACGAGGAGAAGGAGGAGCUGGAUUCCAGGAAGGUCUGCAAGGUAACUGGGGAGGUCAGAACCUCAGAGGCCACGCCAGCCCUGGAGGGCACGGAGGGUCGGUGGGGGCGAAGCAGACCACCGCUGAGGGUCUGAAGAUUGUUCUGCGGAGGGGCAACAUUCAGGACCAGACUGUGAGUACUGAGAGUGAUAUGAUCCUCAUCUGUUUAUGAAAGGCUGAACAACAACAAAUAUGGAUUA